GGGAUUUAAAAGAGCCACCACCGUUGGGUCACAUUCAGUAGUCAAGAAUAGCCAUUGACGUGAAGAUCGUACCAAGUGAGGAACGUACAAAAUCGCCAUGAAGACACACGGAACCAGACUGACGUUGAUGGUGGUACUACUGGUGGGUGUGGUCACAACAGCACCCUCAGAUUCAGACCAAGAGGGCGUGAGCGUACUACAGCAGGAACAGCAGCUGCACGAGGGAGAAGAAGCUGCUCUUGGUAGUAACAGAGAAGAGAAAGUGUUUUUGGUGCUGUUGAAGAUCCAGCCAGACAUGUGCGUCACGUCAGACACCACCCACACGAUGGGCACGUGUCUCCCGUCCAAGGACUGCACCAGGAACGGGGGGACGUCCUCCGGAACCUGCGCUAAAGGCUACGGCGCCUGCUGUAUAGCGCAGCACACGUGCUCCCAGUCGUCAAACUACAACAACACAUACUUCGUAAACCCCAGUUACAGCGGCACGGACACGGGUACAGACGGCGCCUGUACCCUCACCAUCAACCGCGUCAACUCCAACAUCUGCCAAAUCCGCCUCGAUUUCCUCAACUUCAACCUCUCGCAGCCAGACAUCAACGGCAACUGCAACGAUGAUUUCCUGACGGUGACGCCCACCACCAGCACCGUCCCCAGGAUCUGUGGCGACAAUGACGACCAGCACAUGUACAUGGACGUGGACCCGGCAGGUGGACCAAUCAGGCUGACGGUGGAUCUCUCGUCUGCCUCCACCAUUCCCAGAUCAUGGGACAUCAAGAUCAGGCAGAUCCCUUGUGACUCCGAGUACCAGGCCCCUAGCGGGUGUCUGCAGUACUAUACGGCCACUUCCGGUACCGUCAACAGCUUCAACUUCAACAAUGCUGCACCGACGCCACCCGAAGGUACCCGUCAGCUGGCCAACCUGGACUACGGGGUGUGUAUAGAGAUGGCGCCCGGUUACUGCGGCAUCAUCUGGGAACGUAACACCACGGCCGGCAACUACAGCUUCAGCGUCAGUGGUAACGCUGAUGCUUUGGACCCCGCUAUUGCCGGUAUGCCAGACGCAGGGCAGGUGGGAGGGAACUGCACCACCGACUACGUCAUGAUACCCGGCGGCAUGACCGACACAGGAAUCAAUGCUGACAGAUACUGCGGCCUCGGCUUCCCUAACUCCGUGACGUCUACGAUGAAGCCCUUCACGCUGUACGUCCACCAGAACGAAGCGGAGGUCCCUAACGACUUCGGUAACCGUGGCUUUAGUCUCAACUACCGCCAGAUCACCAACUAUGCCAGGUCAAUUCCACGUCUCUACAGGUUGUUGGGAGUCCUGAGGUUAAACUGCAACAUCUCACAAACGACUUGGUCUCACCAGCUUGACCUUUUCACGGUGGGCGGCACUUGGAAGAGACUGGUAUGGGUGGUGGUCAUAGGUGUUGUGGUGGGCGUCGCUCUGGCCACCCCCACCACAGAGGAAGAACAACACGAAUCUCUCGAGGAGACCCAGGAACUAGAGAGUGAACACGACCGAGACGGAAAAUUGUUCGUCCUGCUGGCUCAGAUCGCCGCCAGUGAGUGUACUACCAACGACCCCAUCAGGACCCAGGGCACCUGCAUGCCUUCCAAGCAAUGUUCUAACCAGGGAGGUAAAUCCCAGGGAACCUGUGCCAAGGGACUUGGCACCUGUUGUUUAGCGACGAGGACAUGUAAUGCGGCCAGCAGCUACAAUAACACGUACUUCAUCAAUCCAGACUCCACUGACGUUGAGCUGGGCGCCUGUACACUCACCAUCAACCGCGUCAACAGCAACAUCUGUCAGAUGAGGUUCGAUUUCAUCUCCCUCGACCUCUCCCAGCCGGACAUCAACGGGGCUUGUAACCAUGACUUCUUCACGGUCACCGGCGGGGUGUCCAAGGUCCCCAUGAUCUGUGGAAGAAACAAUGGACAGCAUAUUUACUACGACGUGGACCCGAAUGGCGGCACUGUAAAGCUAACUAUAGACCGCUUUGAUAUUAGCUCCCUCAGCCGGUCAUGGGAUAUUAAGGUCACCCAGAUCGCCUGUGACUCCAGGUUCCGUGCUCCUGAAGGCUGCCUGCAGUACUACACGGCUACUACCGGCACCGUCAACAGCUUCAACUUCCUGAACACCAACACUAACACUGAUGUUAACGGCACCAGGCAAUUGGCCAACGAGGACUACGGGGUAUGCAUUAAGCGUGCUGACAACUACUGCGGCAUCAUCUGGGAGGCCAGCAAAGUGGGCGGCAACUUCGGCUUCACCGUCUCUGGCCCCGCUGACGCCAUUCAGCUCAGUCUUAUUGGUACAAUCAACACAAGCACACGCGAUGGUAACUGCACUACGGACUACGUGGUGAUCCCCGGCGGUCUGUACACCUUAGACGACGCCACCAACACCGUCCAGGCCGCCGACAGAUACUGCGGGCUCGGCUUCCCUCCCUCCGUCACCACCACUGCUCAGCCCUUCGUGUUGUACGUCAAGAGUAAUGGUAACGAGCUGAUGGAGGCCAUAAACCGUGGCUUCAGCCUUAAUUACCGACAGAUUAAGACGUGCAUGUAGUGACCAUCAGUGAGUUGACUGAGUCUCAACCUCCUCCAAACUAACUACAACCAACUCCGAGUCACAAGUUGUGUGUACAGUAUGUGGUAAACAUGUGACCUGCAUUAUACCCGUUAUCUGUCACUACUUAAGCUACUCAACAGGAGUUAACAAUUUUAGUUUCAAUCUCAACAACUACCAUUUAACUACUCUCAAUACUUAUGACCACAAUCAGUUGUUUGAUUCUGGUCUAAUGGAAAAAAGGUAAUAUUGAGUCCAGCCUUUUGUACAGAGCGAAAUCUAUCGUUCUUGCUAAAUAUUACCUCCCAAGUCACCUUAUAACAAUGGCAACAGAACACUGUUAAGAACAUUAUCGUAUUCAAGAUGUUCUGUAGUACACAGCUUAAUAGCGCUAUGAAGGGAACCACAUUUAACAUCGCCAGAAAAAAUAAAGUCUUCAUGCAUCCAUGAUCCUCACUGUUUCAGGGUAACCACAGAUGAAUAUGCUAAGAUGUAACAAAUACAAAAUAUCCGUCACUCUGCUAACAUGGACGAAUCGCGCGCCUCCUGGUAGUGUGCUACUAGGCUGCCAGGUGGCCUACCCUCAUAUUUUUCUCUCGUUGUGCACUUAUAAAACUGAUUGUUAUUUUAUGUAACUAUGUAAUUCUUAAUAAAUCAUACAUGAGUCUUUGUAUAAAAAACACUGCCUGUAUGUAGAUAUAUAUCAAUAAAUUAUUGUACAGA